AUGUCACUAGAGGCUCUACAUAUCGAUACCGACUAUCAUUACUACUCUCCUUUAUAUGGCGUGCUAGAAGAACACGAAAAAAGGACGCUGGAUCAAAGACUUGGUGGUCCACUUGGACUACGAAUACUUGCUCUAGGCAAGUUCGCACCCACUGUUACAUUUCUCCAAGUGCUUUGGAAGAACAUUGGGUUACUGAAGGACUUUAUGGCACUGAAACGGUUGCGCAUGGGGAUUAAAUCUCUGUUGUACUUUGCUAAAGGGGUGCAUGAAGGUAUAGGCGAAAAGAAGAAAAAGGUCAUGCUUGCGGAAUGUCUGCCAGAUAACCUGAGCUAUCUGUGUAUUAGAGGCUAUGAAAGAGGCAGGAACCGUAAUGUGAAGACGAAAGGCAAUGAAGCUAACCUGAAGGAUAAGUGGGAUAUCGGAGUGAACGCUUGA